UUUCCCUCUUGGGCUGGCAGGCUGGCUCCAUUCCCACGUCCCACGACCCAAGUCGCGGCGCGUGGGUGCACGUUCCCCUUUUCUGGCACAGAGGCUGGGGCUGGUACUCCUGACACGGCUCAGGAGCCCCGACAAGACGCGCUAGACCAGAAGUCAAUUCUCGUUUAUUUCUUCAUUCUCUUCACUGCCAGGCUGCAUUCUUCUUCUCCCAACAGGCUACUCUCAUCCUUGCUUUCUCCAGCAAGAGAGCUCUAGUCAGGGCGCCUGAGUCGUCUCUGCCCAAAGUCACGAGACGGCGUGGCUGCGAUUUGGCCGGCGGCUCACCGAGCCCAGCUAGUCCACCACCACCGACAAGGCCAGGUGCCCGGUGUCUGCCCCCAGGAGCGCUGGAAACUCUGCGCAUCUAAUCGUGUUGUAGGCGCCCAUUCAACUGGCCGGCUUGACAAGAUCCAUGGCAUAGCCUAGCCUGCCAAGCCUGUAUUCAGUUGCCCUUUGGGCGUACUUGGUACUUGCCAAUUCGAGCACCUGGCCGCAGACGGAUCGACGCCGAGGGCCUGUAUUGGGAACAGCUGGAUACCUACAUCUAGGUAUCUACCUCUAGAUAUCUACCUAGACCGACGUCUCUGGCCACCCCACCCCUGUGACCUCCACAGCAAAGAUGCUGCCCAGGGCGAGCCUCCAGGUGCGAGGUGCCGACCAGUCGGUCACCAAGCGAAAAGCCCUCGAAGAUGCCCAGAAGAUGCAGAUGCACAUCGUGGAGGAGUCCAACAAGAACGGCAAGGAACCGCCGCCCUACGUCCUCCAGGAGCUCAUCGGCAAGGGCAGCUACGGCCGUGUCUACAAGGCCAACGACGUCAAGGACAACCGCGUCGUCGCCGUCAAGAUCAUCGACAUCGACGAGAGCGACACCCUCAACCCCAAGCUGGCCGACACGUACCGGGAGAUCAUGAACGAGAUCGGCGCCCUCAAGCUUCUGGGCGACAGCGGCGCCCGCAACGUCAACUUCGUCCUCGAGGCCAUGCCCGUGCAGUCGUCCAUGUGGAUCAUCACCGAGUACUGCGCCGGCGGCAGUGUAUCCACGCUCAUGCAGCCUACCGCUCCCCACGGUCUGCAGGAGAAGUGGAUCAUCCCAAUCCUGCGUGAGGUCGCCGAGGCCAUCUUCUGGGUCCACCGUCAGGGCAUCAUCCACCGCGACAUCAAGUGCGCAAACGUCCUCAUCACCGAGGCCGGCGGGGUCCAGCUGUGCGACUUCGGCGUCGCCGGCGUCAUAGAGACGCGUCUCGACAAGCGCACCACCGUCAUCGGCACCCCUAACUGGAUGGCCCCGGAGCUGUUUGACGGCUCCAACUCGUACGGCACCGAGGUUGACAUCUGGGCCUUUGGGUCCCUCGUCUUUGAGGUUGCCUCGGGCCUGCCCCCCAAUGCCCUGUCUGGCAUGGCCUUUCACCAGCUUGGGGACUUCAUCAAGAAGCAGGUCCCGAGGCUGGGGGGCGACCAGUACUCGGAUGCGCUGAAGGACCUAGUCGCCUACUGCCUGGUCGACGAUCCCGCCAAGCGGCCGCCCAUCGAGGCCAUACAGCAGCACCCCUACAUCUUCCAAACCGAGGAAAUGUUUCCCACCUCGUCACUGGCGCUGCUGGUCAGGGCCUACAGGCUUUGGGAGUCACAAGGAGGAUCGAGGAAGUCGCUCUUCAACCCCGGAGGUGCCCAGGGGCUGAACGGCCUGUCAGAAAGCGACCUAUCGUCAACCGCCCUGGCAGCCGACGAGUGGAACUUCAGCACAACCAUGGCGUUUGACCAGCGCGUCUUUGACGACUCGGACAACCAGGCCGUAUAUGACGUCUACGGGUCCAACCUUGGCCUGCCCGAAUUCAAUGACGAGACUACCCGGCCUUCAAAGACCAACAAGGGACGACGCCGCCCACCUCCGCAACUGCCGGUCCUGAAGGCACCGCUGGAGAAGGUGUUCGACCCCAACACCAUUUCCAACUACGAGGACAACUCACGGGUCUAUUAUGGGCGACCCAUGCCGGCUCCCGUUGCCUCGGAUCUUCCGCUCCGGGACGACUCACUGCACUCCACUCUCCGGGAGUCCCUGAUCGACCUAGAUAUGUCCCUGGACGGGAGCCGCUUGUCAAUGUUCACCGACAUGGAGACCAUCAGAGCCUCAAACUCGCAUGCCGCGGCAGGCGUGGACUACAGUCACUUGGACUACAGCAUGGACGACAGCCACGAUUUCAACAAGGCGCCGCUCAGCGAUCCGGCAGACCUGAACAACAACCGCCGCACACGGGACUGGAAGUUUCCGUCGAUGCAGGCGGCGCCGCUGUCGGCCAACCCUGAGAUGUCACACUUUUCAUUCCACGACGAUCUUGGCAUGACGCCCGAGCCUUCGCCACCGCCGCAGGGGAGGCCCCAGCUGCUCCAUCACCAGACGGACCCGGUUGGGAUGCAGUCGCAGGCUUACAACGAACUGUCGGUACCUCGGGCGCCGGACAACCGAACCUCGGUGAGCUCCCUGAUCGACCUGGACGAGAGCCUGCCAGACAGCAUGCCAGAGCUCACCCGCCCAUCCACAGCCAACUCGGACGUGGUUAGCGUGACGGGCUCGGACAUUGGGAUGACGGCCAACCCAUUCGAAUUCGAGCGGCACGCGUCCAUCUAUGUGAGCAGCCCGCCUCGGGGCGGCGGCGGUGGCGGCAGCUUUGGCGGCAGAGAGCCUUCCAUCUACGUAUCGGACGACUCCGACUUCGCACGGCUUGCUGUCGGGAGCAAGCAGGAAGGAAGCGCCAGCAUGCCGAACCUGGUGCUGAACGACGGCAACGACGGUUCCCUCGUUGGAUCGUCCGAUCCUCAACGCAGGCCGAGGCCCGACUCGUUCGAAGACGGGGGCUAUCCGGGCGGGGAGUAUCUCGACACGGACUAUCUGAAUAUGAUGGAUCACCGGCGAGAAACGCAGGAAAACCUGGGUGGCGGCGGCCAGAUGCCGCAACGAUACAACAUGGAUCAGCAGCAGUUCCCGCAGCAACACACCCAGGACCUCGAAGAGAUGCCGGUGCUCCCCAACCCGCCAUCGGCGCGGGUGAUGCAGGGUGUCUGCAGCCGGCAGGAAGCCAGCGACGAGCUGCAGCGGAUGCUGGCCAGCUUCCAGGAGCAUCUCAGCUUCUCUCACGCACACAUUUUAAACCUCCCUAUCCUCCGGAGAAAUCCCUCGGGAGCCGGCGGUGGUGGUGGUGGUGGCGGUGGUGGCGGCGGCGGCGGCGACAGGCUGGAACAUGCGGUCGAAGAUUGAUGUGAAAGAUUGAGCCAUAUCGAACCGAUAUAAAACGCACUGGGAAACAAGCAGCGUGGAUGAAAGAUGAGGACGAGCGAGCAGUUCAUAGCGCAGGGCGUUGCAUGAGCAUUGGGAUAUAGAAGCUCUGUCUUGAAGUUUCAGGCAAGAGAUGCCGUUAUGACAUUCUUAGAUACCAGGUAACCUGCGACAUUCUGUUUUUUUUUCUCCCUCUUAUCUGUUUCCCAUUAACAUAUUCUUUAUUUCCGUCAAUCUUGACAUUGACCCAGCCAUCAGUAAUCAAAAUUCCAUUCAUCUAGGAUAUGCACAAGGAAGAGACAGUUGCCAGGAGGAGGGCGCUGGAUGUAGUGAGACGGCUGGUGAGACCAUGAGAGAAUGUAUGGAAUGAAUUUUGAGUGCCGCGCCUCC